AUGGAUUCAAGAACUAUUGGAGUAUUGGGUGGUGGUCAACUGGGUAGAAUGUUAGUAGAAGCAGCUUCACGGUUAAAUAUUAAAGUUAUAAUUCUCGAUACACCACCUAACGCUCCAGCCAAACAAAUACAAGCAACCCAAACGCAUAUUCAUGGAGAUUUUAAAGAUCCGUAUAAAAUUAGAGAACUUUCAAAAACAACUGAUGUAUUAACGGUAGAAAUUGAACACGUUAAUACAGAAAUUUUGGAAACUUUAAUGAAUGAAAAUACUGUUGUUGUACACCCUUCACCUUCUACAAUUAAACUUAUUCAAGAUAAAUACACACAAAAAAUUCAUUUAUCAAAAAACAAAAUUCCAGUUGUAGAUUUUAUUGAAAUUCCUACAAAAGAUGAUUUAUCAAUUGCAAUUGAGAAAUUUGGAUAUCCUUUAAUGUUAAAAUCAAAAACUCUUGCAUAUGAUGGACGUGGUAACUAUUUAUUACGUUCUGAAGAUGAAAUAUCAAAUGCUUUAGAAUCUUUAGGAAAUUUCAAGAUACCAUUAUAUGCUGAAAGAUGGACAUCAUUUACCAAAGAAUUGGCCGUUAUGGUUGUUAGAAGGGCCAAUGGAGAAAUUAAAAGUUAUCCAGUAGUUGAAACAGUACAAAAAGAAAAUAUUUGUCAUUUGGUUAUUGCACCGGCUCAAAUUAAUGGUGUUAUUUCGGAAAAAGCUAAAGAUAUAGCAGAAAAAGCUGUAUUAACUUUGGAAGGUGCUGGAGUUUUUGGCGUUGAAAUGUUUUUAAUGAAUGAUGGUCAUAUAUAUGUGAAUGAGAUUGCACCACGUCCUCACAAUUCGGGUCAUUAUACAAUUGAAGCAUGCGAAACUUCUCAAUACGAAAAUCAUAUACGUUGUAUAUUGGAUCUUCCGUUAGGUAGCACUGCUUUAAAAGUACCAGCUGCAGCAAUGAUAAAUGUUCUUGGUAAAUCUAAUGAUUUACAAGAAACUUUACGUUCAUGUGCUGAAUCAUUAUCUAUUCCUGGUGCAACGAUUCAUUUAUAUGGAAAACAAGAUUGUAAAAAAGAUUUACCAACUAUGAAACCUUGUGCUGAAAUAUUAAAAUCUUUUGAUGUACCAUUUGAAUUAUCGAUUGUUUCGGCACAUAGAACACCGAAUAGAAUGUUUGAAUAUGCAGUAAAUGCACAUAAAAGAGGGAUAAAAGUAAUUGUGGCUGGUGCCGGUGGUGCGGCCCAUUUACCUGGAAUGGUAGCUGCACUUACUCCAUUACCAGUCAUUGGUGUACCUGUUAAAGGUAAAAUAUUGGAUGGUGUGGAUUCUUUAUACAGUAUCGUGCAGAUGCCGAGAGGAAUACCUGUAGCCACAGUGGCAAUUAAUAAUUCAACAAAUGCAGGAAUAUUGGCAGUUAGGCAACUUGGGGCAUUCAUUCCUGGGUAUUUAGAGAAAAUGCAAAAAUUUAUGGAAAAGCAAGAGAAUGAAGUUUUGGCGAAAGUUGAUAAAUUAGAAGAACGGGGUACUUUGACGAACAAGAUUAAAGAAACUUUAUUUUUCGUAUUUGGGAAUCUUAUAGAACCGAUAAAUAAUAAAGCAACACCUGAUGCCUAG